CAACACUGCGCGCGAACCAAACACGGCGAGGAUAAAGCAAGAUGGCGUCUGACGGUGAAGACGUUAUUGCAGUCGUCACAGUUCAGUGUUCUUAGUCUGUGCGUCCAUGUACACAUAUAUGUCCUUUAUUAGACGCUAUUAAAUAGAGUAAACAUCGUUAAUAACUGUUUGCAUCCGGUUAUAUUAGUCUGAGCGCAUUUUGAUGCUUCUCGAGCUAGCUUAGCCUGCUAGUUAGCUUAGCUUGUUAGCUGCUAACAAAGAGAGGCGGAAGUGAUCAAAACACAUCGCUAAGCAGAGAUCAAGUGUGAGUGUAAAGUGUUGUGAUUGUGUGAAAAUGUGCGAAAUAACGAUAGCAGAGUACGAGGAGGAACUUUGUCCAACAAAAGAGGAGAAGGAGCGACAACAUCAAAAACAUCAAGUUGUGUUACACAGAACAGACAUCCAUCAGCUGAUUGAACACCAAGAAGAAUGUCUCCCUCAUCUGCAGGGGGACAGUUUCACUUUAGAGGAUCCACAGCCCUCACAUUUUAAAGGGGACGAGAAGGAUCCACAGCCCCCCUAUUUUAAAGAGGAAGAGGAGGGAGAGUGUCCUGUAGGGCAGGAGGAGGCUGAUCUCACCAAGUUUCCACUGACUGUUGUCUCUGUGAAGACUGAAGAGCAUGAAGACAAACCACCUGAGUCCUCACAGCUUCAUCACAGUCCAAACGUCUGUGAAGAACAUCUACUCCCUGAGCAACAGAAGUGGAGCUUCAGGAUGGAGCCACAGCCCUCCAACAUUAAAAAGGAAGAGGAACACCCACUGAUCCCCCAUUUUAAAGAGGAAGAGGAUGACCCAUUGACCACUCACAUCAAAGGGGAAGAGGAGGACCCACUGACACCCCAUUUUAGAGAGGAAGAGGUGGAUCCACUGAGCCCUCACAUUAAGGAGGAAGAGGAAGACUCACUGACCCCUCACAUUAAAGAGGAAGAGGAGGACCCACUGACCCCUCACAUUAAAGGGGAAGAGGAGGAACACAGCAUCAAUCAGGAGGGAGAGCAUAUUGAAUGGUUGGAGGAGUUCCCAGUGACUGGUGUCCCUGUGAAGAGUGAAGGUGAUGAGGUCAAAGGUGAAAGUGAGGAGAAGAGAGAGGCGGAGCCUCCAAGCAGCAGCUCAACUCAACACAUGACAACAGAAGCUGAUGGAGACCACUGUGGAGGAUCACAAGCAGACAAGCUCUUAGCUCCACUCUCAGAUAGUGAGGACACAACGUCACACUCUCCUGACACUGAUGAUGAACACUCUAAAGAUGAUAAGACAUGUCACACUGACAACACACACUUCACAUGUUCUCACUGCGACAAAACUUUUAAAUACCGCUGUCGUCUAAAAACACACAUGAGAACACAUACUGGAGAAAAAACUUUUUCAUGUUCAAUCUGCGGUAAAGAUUUUACUCAAAAGCAGCAUUUCAAAGUACACAUGAGAAUACACACUGGAGAAAAACUUUUUUCAUGUUCAAUCUGUGGUAAAGAUUUCACUCAAAGUCAACAUUUGAAAAGACACAUGAGAACACACACUGGAGAAAAACCUUUUUCAUGUUCAAUCUGCGGUAAAUAUUUUACUAAAAAGCACAGUUUCAAAAUACACAUGAGAACACACACUGGAGAAAAACGUUUUUCAUGUUCAAUCUGUGGUAAAGAUUUUACUCAAAGUCAACAUUUGAAAACACACAUGAGAACACACACUGGCGAAAAACCUUUUUCAUGUUCAAUCUGCGGUAAAGAUUUUACUCAAAAGCAGCAUUUCAAAGUACACAUGAGAAUACACACUGGCGAAAAACCUUUUUCAUGUUCAAUCUGCGGUAAAGAUUUUACUCAAAAUCAAAAUUUCAAAACACACAUGAGAACACACACUGGUGAAAAACCUUUUUCAUGUUCAAUCUGCGGUAAAGAUUUUACUCUAAAUCAAAAUUUCAAAUCACACAUGAGAAUACACACGAGAGAAAAACAUGUUUCAUGUUCAAUCUGCGGUAAAGAUUUUACUCGAAGGGACCAUUUCAAAACACACAUGAGAAUACACACUGGAGAAAAACCUUUUUAAUGUUCAGUAUGUGGUAAAAGUUAUAUAAAAAGACUGCAAUUAAAAUUACACAUGAGAACGCACUCUGGUGAAAAACCAUACUCCUGUUCAAGCUGCAACAAAAGCUUUCGUCGCCGACAAUCUUGUACAGUACACAUGAGAACACACACAGGAGAGAAAGUGUUGAGUUGCAGUGUGUGUGGUGAAAGAUUCUCUUCUAAGUACCAGUGUAAGAAACACAAGUGUGCUGGUGAGAACAGCAGCAGUAAAUGAAGAUGCAGGAUUUGAAAUAAACUGUCAAAACUUUCACUUUGACUUUCUAACAACAUCAGCACAUAUAACAUGUGUGACAUCAUUGUUGUGUGUGUAACACAAUCUUGUUAAUAUGAUUCUAACAUUUAUAGAUUAGACACUUCAGGUUAGUGCUUUUAUUUCAGUCAAGUACAUGAGUUAAUAUACACAUUUGUGUACUUUAAAAUGAACAGAACAAUUUGACUGAAAAGGUGAGAAUAAACAGUACAUAAAAUAUGUUACAUACAAUAAACAUUUUAUGUGUAGAUAUUCAUAAUUCACUUUUAUACUUAUUCAUAAUAGUGUUUUAUAUAUGUUUUUUGAAAUAAUGAAGGGUUGCAUAUUUUAUUUUGUAAUUGUAGAUGAUUCCAUAGAUGAACUCCUUUAUAUGAUAUACAUAUUUGUUUUACAUGUGUUCAUACCUUUGCUUUUGAGUACACAUAAAUCCCUCUUAAUUCAUAUUUACUGGUUCACAUCUGAAACAUCUUCUGGACCACUUCUGGAAGCAUUUUAUUAUUUACUUUAUACAUCAUUAGAGCAGUUGUCUUUUAUACAAUUUUAAAAUGUGUGACUUUAUGAAUCAUUUGUUGGGUCUCUAUAAUCCAUUCUAUUAAUUGUCUUUAUUACUCUCUUUUGUAAUAUGAAUUGUUGUGUGAUUGUUUUAUAUGUAUGUCCCCAGACCUUUAUGCAAUAAACAAUGUA